UCUUCCUGCCCGUCGUGAGGCUGCUGGGGCGGCGGAUCCGCGAUCUCGGCAUCCCGGGAUGCCUUUCAGUGCCGGCAAGGGCCGUGGGCGCAGCCCCGCUCGGUCGAUCGUGAGAAGCCAAGCCACCUCCCUCCCCUCUGAUCAGAUGACUUUUAAGUGGAGCUCACUCAGUCUCUGAGGACCAGAUCUCACUGAUGACUGGGAAGCAAAGAGUACCCAGGAAAGCACUUUUACCACGGACUCCACCUCGGGAGCACCAGGAACGCAUCUUCUAAAUCUGUGCCCCUUCUGUGCAGACCUGAUGUCUGCUGCAAUGGAUACAGAAUCAACAUAUUCAGGAUACUCCCACUACUCAGGUCACUCCAAAAAAGCUCACAGACAAGGGAGUCGGGACAGACACAAAUCUCCCCGAAGCAAAGAUGGCAGUCGGUCUGAGAAGUCAGUCACUAUCCAGACACCUCCUGCAGAGCCACUGCUUGGGAAUGAUGCCUCUCGGGCAGAGGAGGGCCAGGAUGACAACUGGGGUGAGACCACGACGGCAAUCACAGGCACCUCUGAGCACAGUAUUUCCCAGGAGGACAUUGCCCAGAUCAGUAAAGAUCUGGAAGACAGUGUUGGGUUGGACUGCAAACGUUACCUGGGCUUAACAGUGGCAGCUGUUCUUGGACUCCUAGUCUUCCUUACCCCCAUUGCCUUCAUUUUGUUACCCCAGAUCCUGUGGCGAGAUAAUCUGGAGCCGUGUGGUACUGUCUGUGAGGGACUGUUCAUCUCUGUGGCAUUUAAACUCCUCAUUCUCCUGAUUGGGACCUGGGCUCUUUUCUUUCGCCAACCCAAGGCAGACCUACCAAGGGUGUUUGUGUUUCGGGCCCUUCUGCUGGUCCUCAUAUUCCUCUUUGUGUUUUCCUACUGGCUCUUUUAUGGCGUUCGUAUCUUGGACUCAAAGGACACCAACUACCAAGGCAUAGUGCAGUACGCCGUGUCUCUGGUGGAUGCCCUGCUCUUCAUCCACUACCUGGCCAUUGUGCUGCUGGAGCUACGGCAGCUGCAGCCCAUGUUCACCAUCAAGGUGGUUCGCUCCACAGACGGGGAGUCACGAUACUACAGCUUGGGACACCUGAGCAUCCAACGAGCUGCACUGGUGAUUCUGGAAAAUUACUACCGAGAUUUCACAGUUUACAACCCAGCCUUGUUAAUGACCUCCAAAACUCGAGCAGCCAAGCACAUGGCUGGCCUGAAAGUCUACAAUGUUGAUGGCCCAGGUAACAAUGCGCUGGGACAGUCCCGGGCCAUGAUCGCAGCCGCUGCUCGGCGCAGGGACUCCAGCCACAAUGAGCUCUACUAUGAGGAGGCUGACCACGAGCGCCGUGUGAAGAAACGCCGGGCAAGGCUUGUGGUUGCGGUAGAAGAGGCUUUCACUCACAUCAAACGCCUCCAGGCAGAGGAGCAGCAGAAGGCUCCAGGAGAGAUGAUGGACCCCCGAGAAGCAGCCCAGGCCAUUUUCCCCUCCAUGGCAAGAGCUCUGCAGAAGUACCUUCGCACCACCCGCCAGCAGCAUUACCACAGCAUGGAGAGCAUCUUGCAACACUUGUCCUUCUGCAUCACCAACAACAUGACACCAAAGGCAUUCCUGGAGCGUUACCUCAACCCAGGCCCAACCCUCCAGUAUGACAGGGAUCGCUGGUUCUCCAAGCAGUGGAUGCUGGUCAGCGAAGAAGCAGUCACAAGCGGGUUACAAGACGGCGUUGUGUUUGUCCUCAAGUGCUUGGACUUCAGCCUUGUUGUUAAUGUGAAAAAAAUCCCCUUCAUCAAACUCUCGGAAGAGUUCAUAGACCCUAAAUCUCAUAAAUUUGUCCUCCGCUUACAGUCUGAGACUUCAGUCUAAGGGAUUUUGAGGGUGGGUUGUUGGGAGAUUCUUUGGGGUUUUUUUCCAUAUUGUGCUUUUGGGUUUAAUUUCCCCAAUGCUGACUGAAACUGGCAGAUGAUGGACCGGUAAUAUUUGACCAUCUGCACUUUAUUUGGAAAUGGGAGGGGGGGAGUAGAGAUAUCUUAUCUAGAAAGAAGUAUCUUAAGAGGCAACAGGGUGACUUGGCUCAGUUAGCUCAGCCUUGGAGACAGAACAGAUUUUUUUUCUUUGCUCCUCUUUCUAGGUAUCCUGUAAAUCUCAUGCUCUUUCUCUGCAUGGUUACGGUGUCAGAGUUGUUGUUGGAGCGCUGCCUUACACAAUGCAUGCCUGUGCCCUUGUGUCUCUGCUUUUGCCACCUGCGGCUGCUCCUGAGGGCUCAUUGUUCACCUGUCCCUCACAGAAACGUCCUGGCACAGGGUGCCACAGUCUCUGCUCACUUGGGGAGGCAGGGAUAUCAAAUGAUGGGGGUGUGAGGGGACUUUUUAUUCUUUCUUCUUCUUCUCCUCCUCUCCGUGUGCCUCUUGUGUAAGUGCCAGACCUAUGGGCAUAAAGGGAUGGUUUCACCCUCUGUGAAAUUGCUUGUCUUGAACUGGAUCAGCCCAUUUGCAGGUCCUUUUUUUUUUUUUUUUUUCCUUUUUCAAUUCUUGUUAGUGAUGUUCUUCAUGUCGCAGCUCCCUGUUAUCUUUCCUCUGCUUCUCUCUUCUCCAUCUUUCUCAGGCAUGCCCAAGGCUUCCUGUUUCUGUCUCCUCUGUCUGGCUUUCUGAAUGUGUUUCUCCAGGCACUGCCGCUUCCUUUUGCAUCUGCAAGGGCUGUGUAUUUGCACUGGGACAGGGUCAGUAAGUAGAUGGCUCUUCCUCAGAUAAAUCACAGACCCUCCCUACAUCUGACAGCCUCUUUGAAGGGAAAGGGGUGCAGGCAGGAAUGUACCCUUCCCUCUCUAGCCAGCUUCAAGUACAUCUGGAGAAAAGACAGGCAAAAACACUUCACUCUUUCAGGAGAGCAGCCAGGGGAAAGGCUGACCUCUAGCCCAUCCACUUGCUUUGGAGAACUGUUGUGCUCUGGAAACACUGCAGUGAGUCCUUCCCCACCGUACGCCUUCAACUGUAGCUAAGAAAUAUCAAACAGCACCUGAAUGUUGAAAAUCUGCCUGCCUUUCUUGGCCUUGCUGUACUGUGGGAGUUUCUGCUCAGCAGUGGGAUCUGCUUCUGAGAGAUGCAGUUUUGUUUGUGAGGCUGCCUUUGCCCACAAAGCAUGCAGCUUUCAUGUGUGAAUUUAGUAACGUGAGUUACUAAAGAUUUGUUUUUAAUGGUGAGCCUAAAGCAGUGUCUAAAGCCUAAUUGCCGGUACAGAGCACAGUGUGACUGGAGCCAGCUGCAAGGCUGGCAUCGACCUGAAGGUCCCUUGAGAUCCAUGUGAAUGUAAAUGAUUAAUUCAUUCUUCUCAGUCUUUUGCCAUCCAAGUAUCAGGCAGGAUCUGGCCUGCCCUCCAUGCAGAUGUCUUAAGAAAGAAGGCCCUAGUUCCAGCAGUGUGUAAAUCAGUGCCUUUCAUUGCCAGCCUGCACAGUCUUCUGAGGAGGGCUGUGUCAGCCCCUCCUGUCUGUUUUGGUCUUUCCCAGGCCUUUCCACAGCAGGCAUGGGCUGGCUGGUGCCCACCACAAGCUGGUGGGAGGGAGCAGCCAUCUUAAACAGGGAUGCUGGGGAUAGGGCAGGAGGGUCCAUCCUCUUUCAGCUUCAGCAGCAAUGCAGAUGCAUGUCAGACAGCACGUGUGGGCAGUCCUCUUGGGAUCAAGGCACCACCCUGGGGAGUGAGGGUCCAGAGUGAUGAUUCCCCAUCCAAGUGACACCUGCAUUUUCCUGUGCCUUUCUUACAAGCAUAUGAUAGUCUCCUGGUUCCUUCUUAGUCCAUGUAAUGUGCCAGACAUGGUUGUAAAGAAACUGGCAUGGCACAGGAUGGGAUUAUGCGCUUUGCUUUUAAAGGAUGGGAAGUAGGUACUGUUUUCCCUUCUCUAAACUUAAUGUUUGGGUUUUUUGGCAGACUAAGUUUUCUGGUAGCCUGUGUGGGGGCUCCUUUAUUGACUUUGGCCUUUGCAGUGUCUUACUUUGAAAAAACAGAUUGGUUUAUUUGUUUAAAAGAAAAAAAAGUAGGAGAACAUAUAGUAUAUUACACUUGGCUCUCCUGAAGAUACAUGCACCUGGCUUUUAUGAUGUGCAUAACCAGCAGGGUGGGAGAGACUGGGAGUAACUUGGGAGACUGUGGAGCACUUAAUACCUGUGUGGAGGCUACUGCCUGUGGCUGAGUUGGCUCAUUUCUGUGAAGCCAGAACAAGAACUACCUUGCCAGGGGCUUGGGUGUGCCAUGUAUGUGAGAGCACCUUGUCACAGGCACAUCUGCAAAACUUAUUUAUUUUCCCAGGAUUUCCUUCCCCUUUCCUUUUCCUUGCCCCAUGAGGAGGGGUUGCCUGACAGUAUCUGCUCAGGAAAUUAAUGUCUUAAUUUUGUUAAAUCCUGUAACACAUGGAGAAAUAGACGGAAGCAGCAUGUGCUCAGUCUGAGUCUGCUUCUUCAUCUUUGUGCUGUGGUUCAAACACUGCCUUUUCUGCCUGCUGCCAAAAAGGACACUGUCAACAGGGGCCAACUCCUACAUUAAAUGCUCUUCCAUAUAUCAGCAGCAUGAGUGCUGUGCCUGAUGAAAUCUGAAGGAGAGGACUGUCUCAAAUGGUCUCUUUAGAGAUGCAGCCUGCUUAGAGCUGAGGACAGACUGAAAGAGGAGUCAUGAUUCCUGGAUGUUUCCUGUUCUGGUAUUUUUAAUGAUGUUUUUCAGGGUCUCUCUUGUUUCCCUUCUCCAUGCAAAAUUAGGGGACCACUGUCACACCUACCUCACUGGAAUGUUGUGAGGCUAAACUCAACUUGCUUUCAAGUGCUUUGAGAUCCACAAUUGGAUCUGUGGCAUCUGUAGGAAUUCAAACUGUAUAAAAAAUACUGAGCGGUGAGUGUGGACUGGUUUGUGUAAUUCUGUUUAUAGCCAGCUAAUGAGUAAGAAUGGAGUCAUAGAGAAUAAAGCUCUGAUCCAAUUCCUGCAGCCCUUACUUCUGCUGAGCUUGCCAAGAGCAGAGCAUAAAUACAACUUGUAGGGUUUGCCAGCCAUGUGCAGGCUGUUCCUCCAAAUGCCUCUCGUAUCCUGCACUGUCUCCUUGCACAUAUUUUCCUUACUCUGUACCUGGUUGGGAAUUGUGGGGGGUUUAUUAGAAUUCAAGGGUUUUUUUAAGACAACCCUUUUGGUAAUGGAGUGGUCAGUGUCCCCUUUGGAGAUGAUCCUUGCACUGGACGUCCUUCACUGGAAGCUGAACCUGAUUUAGAUAGGGUGCUGUGCUGCCCAGCAAGGAGUGGUGGUGACUCACUGCUCUCUUCCAUGUUGGUAUGUUUCCUGCAACUCAAGUAUGCUGCUCAGAGACUUUAAAGGCUUUGGGUUUUUUUGGUCUCAGAUUUGUUACAGUCUAAAUCCAAAGCCGUGCCGAGAUCUUGCAAAACCAGAUGCAGCUGAGACUUUCAGGUACUCUAGAGCAGAUGGAAAUGCCUGUGGGUUUCCAUGAAGGCUGGCUUUCUCUUUCCUGGAUAUAAACUGAAAGAUUUUAAUUUCUUGCAGCUUCCAGGAGUGUAGGGGGAGAUAUUACUCUUGGCACUUUGCCUGUCCUGUAACUGGGCAUGCGCAGGUGUUACUGUCACAUCUAUUGACCUCUCAAUGCCUUGUGGCUUCAUCCACUGGUGCAGAUUCUGUGAGGCUGCCCUGGGUCUCAGUGUCCUUUCCCACACCUGGAAGUGAGUAGGCAGCACUCUUGGAAGUGUAAACUUAAAUUGUAGCACUCCCCGCCAUAGUGUAUCUGCAGGGCUGGGUGGUGCUGAGGCUGCAUUUGGAAGCUUGGAGGCAGUGCACAGUGAGGCUCAAGUUUGGAGAUCUGAACAAAUCCCAACCCUUAUGAAGCCUCCAUACCUUUUCCUUUGGGAUGGGGCUCUCUGUGCAACACCUUUGGAAUCUGCUGAAUGCUGAGUACAGCCAAAAGCUGUAGGGAAGGAAUAUCUGGAGCUGGUCCUGCCCCACAGAAGUGGCUUUGAAAGGUCUCCUUUGAUACGUGCUCACUUCUAACACUUGCUGCUGAAGAAACUGAAAAGAUCUAUAAUUUGCUAAACAUGGAAACCUAUUCAAGCCAAUUUCAUCUUGCUCACCAAAACUUAUAAUUCUACCAUUUUCAAAGGAUAAACAAAAGUCUUGGAGUCUUUUGCAACAGUGCUGUAGUCUGCUCCCAAGUUGGCUUCUCACUUGGGCUCUGCUGCCCAGCCUUGUGAGAGCUGUUCAUAAGGAGUGUGUGCGCAAGUGUUUUCUCAUUCAGCUUGUGUGUGUCUGUGCUUUUCCCCCUCUAGUGUGCACGUUAUACAUGUUUAAAGCCUCAAGCCAGACUAGGUGGCUCUGUUUCAGCUGUCCUUAAGAAGGAAGUGCUCUUGGAAUUGAGCUGGUUUUAGAAAACAAAGAAAAGAAGGAAACCCCCCCAAAUUUCUGUUCUGAACAAGAUUGCUUUGGACCAUGACGUUACCUACAGGAGUGUGCAUCCUCCUGCAUUCAGGCUGCUGCCUCCCAUCGAUGAUGACCAAAAGCUGCCUUUUCUGACAGCUGUGAGCAGUGCAGGUCACUUUGGGUAGGUCCCAAGUGGGGUCCCUACUGUGCCAGCAGUACAGCUGGUGUUUCCCGCCUGUCUGCAUCCCUCCAGCAGUCAGAGCUCUGUGGGCAGCAGGCAGCCAGCCCUGCCCUGGGUGUUCUCUGCCCAGGGAGGGGAGGGGAUCCUUCAUUCCCUCUGGCUGCUUCCAGACACCUCUCACCAGCACUGACGAUGCUUGGGGGUAUCUCCUGUGUACACAGUGGGGAGAUGCUGUGGCCCACUUAUCUGAACAGGCAUAACUGUGAAGUAAUCUUACACUCUUCUGUGCCUGUUUUCUUUGAUUCAACAUUAUUGUAUCUUAGGGAAGGGGGUGGGAGCAAAAUGCCCUUCCUCCACUCUCCUUUAUCACUGUGUAAUACUUUUUUCUACACACACUGUGUAUAGUAAGAAGGGUUUUGCCAAGGUUUUCUAAUUAAUAGACAUUACCAGCAUUUCUUUUCUUUUUUCUCUUCUUUGCACAUGCGACUUUAACUGCAGUGAGUGGUACAUAGUCUUUCUAUAUUUUCUGAUUGUGAAUUUAAGUAAGCAAAUUCCUGGUGUCUGUGACAUUAAUGCACUGUGGGUUUAGCCUUGUAAAUUGUUCUGUUUCCAAGCUGGGUUCUCUUAAGUUAUAGCUGGAUGGGGUUUUGUUGUUUUUUUAAACUGAAACAUAAAAACCGUUUUACACUUUGCAUAUUUUAUGUACACUGAAAUUCUGGGAAAUAAACUGAAACCAGA